GUAGGGGUAGAUGAGAAGCUGUCUUUGCGGCGGGUAGCUGUGGUUGAAGAUUUCUUUGACAUUAUCUAUUCGAUGCAUGUGGAAACAGGACCAAAUGGGGAACAAAUUCGGAAGCAUGCUGGACAAAAGAGAACUUACAAAGCAAUUUCAGAGAGCUAUGCCUUCUUACCAAGAGAGGCGGUGACGCGGUUUCUAAUGAGCUGCUCAGAGUGCCAGAAAAGAAUGCAUUUAAACCCAGAUGGAACAGAUCACAAAGAUAAUGGAAAACCUCCCACUUUGGUGACCAGCAUGAUUGACUACAACAUGCCAAUUACGAUGGCCUAUAUGAAGCACAUGAAACUGCAGCUGCUCAACUCACAGCAAGAUGAGGAUGAAAGUUCAAUAGAAAGCGAUGAAUUUGAUAUGAGCGAUUCAACACGGAUGUCAGCUGUGAACUCUGAUCUUAGCUCCAAUCUUGAGGAGAGAAUGCAGAGUCCUCAGGCUCUUCAUGGCCAGCAAGAUGAUGAUUCUGCUGCAGAGAGCUUUAAUGGCAAUGAGACUCUGGGGCACAGUUCAGUUGCUUCAGGGGGAGCACACAGCAGGGAGAUGGGUGACUCCAAUGGUGAUGGCAAAACUGGGCUGGAGCAGGAUGAGCAGCCACUGAACCUGAGUGACAGUCCCCUCUCAGCUCAGCUGACUUCAGAAUACACAAUAGAUGACCACAGCAGUAAUGGAAAAAGCAAAUAUAAGAAUCUUCUAAUUUCUGACCUCAAGAUGGAACAAGAGACGAGAGAAAAUGGAAGCAAGUCCCCUGCACACAGCUACUCAAGCUACGACUCUGGCAAAAAUGAGAGUGUAGACCGAGGUGCCGAGGACCUGUCUCUAAACAGGGGUGACGAGGAUGAAGAUGACCACGAUGACCACGACGAUUCUGAGAAAGUUAACGAGACCGAUGGCGUUGAGGCAGAGCGGCUGAAAGCUUUCAAUAUGUUUGUCAGGCUGUUUGUAGAUGAAAACUUGGACCGAAUGGUCCCAAUCUCUAAGCAGCCCAAAGAAAAGAUCCAGGCUAUCAUUGACUCAUGCAGGCGACAAUUCCCUGAGUAUCAAGAGCGUGCCAGAAAACGUAUACGUACUUACCUCAAGUCCUGCAGGCGGAUGAAAAGAAGUGGUUUUGAGAUGUCUCGACCUAUUCCUUCCCAUCUUACUUCAGCAGUUGCAGAGAGUAUCUUGGCUUCAGCUUGUGAGAGUGAGAGCAGAAAUGCCGCCAAGAGAAUGCGCCUGGACAGACAACAGGACGAAUCUGCCCCAGCUGACAAACAAUGUAAACCAGAGGCGGCCCAGGCCACUUACUCAACCUCAGCUGUUUCGGGCUCCCAGGAGGUGUUGUACAUCAACGGAAAUGGUACCUACAGUUACCAUAGUUACAGAGGUCUAGGAGGGGGACUGCUCAAUCUGAAUGAUGCUUCCAGUAGUGGACCCACCGAUCUCAGCAUGAAGAGGCAGUUGGCGACUAGCUCAGGAUCCUCCAGCAGUUCAAGCUCCAGACCCCAGCUGAGUCCAACUGAAAUCAAUGCCGUGAGACAGCUGGUCGCAGGAUAUCGAGAAUCAGCUGCAUUUUUAUUGCGUUCUGCAGAUGAACUGGAAAAUCUUAUUUUACAACAGAACUGAGUCAAAUGACGAUCCUAUUCACUGAGGUCUAAGUUUGCAGUUUCCACUAAUGACAUUUUGAUUUCCCAACAGAGAUGCUUCUGGUCUUACUGCACAGUCUUAAGAGAAAUACUUCCAUUAUGCCACAUUGUCCUUGAUCCAUAAAGUGAUAUACUAAGGUGCUUCAAAGGAACUCUGACCUCUGAAGUACUUGAGAUACAGUAAUGUGUCCAGCCCACUGCUUUUUGUUUUAGUAUGUCAGCAUAAGUAUCAGGGGCAAAUAAAGGCUGUAUAUUCCUAAUUCAAGGAUAAAACAGAAGAAGCUUGUGGUAUAAAUAGUUCAAGGUCCAACAGAAAUAUUAGUGGAAUUUGCUACUGACUUAUUGAACUGAAAGCUGCAGUGUCU